UCUCUCUCUCUCUCUCUCUCUCUCUCUCUAUCUCUCAACUAUACCCUUAAAUUAGGGUUUUCAGUACAUCUUUAUUGAUGUCUUCAGCUAGCAAAUAAAGAAGAAAAAGAUAAAAUAAAAGCUAAUUAAUGGCAAGCUCUUACAAUCCUCCUUGUGCUGCCUGCAAAUUUUUGAGAAGAAAAUGCAUACCAGGCUGCGUUUUCGCACCUUAUUUCCCACCCGAAGAUCCACAGAAAUUCAUGAAUGUUCACAAAAUCUUCGGUGCCAGCAACGUCACUAAACUUUUAAACGAUGUUUUACCUCACCAGAGAGAAGAUGUGGUUAGUUCACUUGCAUAUGAAGCCGCAGCUCGUGUUAGAGAUCCUGUUUAUGGUUGUGUUGGAGUCAUCAGUUCCUUGCAACAACAAGUUGAUCGCCUUCAAAAGGAUCUUGAUGCUGCAAAUACUGAUUUGAUACGACAUGUGUGCAAUGAGAUGCCUGGACUGACUUCAAUUCAGCCAGUGAUUCCACCUCAAAGAGCAAUGGAUCAUUUAUCUGCUACAAGGGUUGAUGGUGGUGGAUUUUACCAGCCUUAUAAUGUUAAUCGUAUGUGGAAUAGGCCGAAUGGUUCGAAUCCUCGUGGGAACAUGAACGCUGGCGGUAGUGGUGGCGGUGGGUGGUGGUGGACUGGUGGUAGAGGAAGUAAUAUGUGAAAUAGAUGUUGAUCUCACUUUAUUAGCCAUGAAAGGCAUAAUUAAGUUGGAAAACCUAGUUUGAGUUUGUGUUGUAUGUGUAUAUAUAGUUGUCUCACCAUUACCUAU